AAAUUUAUAAAUCUAAAGUGCAAAGUUUAAACUGCAGAGUUUGUUGCUCUCGCUCUAUGCACAAUUAAGUCCACUUUGUCACUAUCACAUCUAAGUAUUGCGGUGUUUUGUAUCCUGUGCUGACUUCAUCCUCACAAGAAAUGGAAGGAAUAAAUAACACGUCACAAUCAAUGGGAGUUGGGCAACCUCACCAUCCAGUAAACCACACCAGACCAUUUUUCUAUGUUCAGCCACCAUCUCAGCCUUAUUACAUGUAUCAAUGGCCCAUGAAUCCAUAUGGACACUAUGGUUAUCCAGGGCCUGCUGCUUUGCACUUUAGCCGUCCUUACAUGGCCCCUUAUCAGUUUAUGCAGUACCCAGGGUAUGUGGUUCCACAUGCACCAGUGCAGCCAGUUGAUUACAGAAGACUCAACCCCCACUUCCCCUCAGUUGCGUCCUAUGACUUGCGAGUGCGUCACCACUUUCAGCAACCGAGUAUGCAGCGGGAGACUGCCUGUACUGAGGUUCAAACAGAUCCUAGUGAUUCAGUCAACAAACUGAUGGACAAAAUUGAGGGUCUUCGGGUCUGUGAACAAAAAGCAGGUGACAAGGGGGUUAACGCAGUGGUUUCCUCUACACCUGAUGUGAUUCAGGGAGAGAAAUUGACAUCUUUAAAUGAAGAGUCCAAAUUGGAACUUGCAUCUCAGGAAGGCAAGGAAGAUCAGGGGAAUCAAGUCAGGCCCACAACCUACAGUGACUCUGCGUAUGAUGCAGAGUCUAGCCAGGGUAGACUGGAUGAAUGCGUGUUAUCCGAUGUGCUGCCUCUUGACAGUUCCUCUGUCCAUGAGGAAGAGGAUCUUGAGGAUGAUGACCACCCACAGUGUGUUUCUGAUGAAAUGCCCUGCCAAAAUGAAAAGUCUGCAACCAGUGCCACUGGCAACGUGUUUGGUAGCGGUAUGAUAAGCACUGCAGGUCCAACAGAGCUCUGUGAUUUGGAGAUGCUUGACUUGCAUGGUGACUUGGCCUCUGAUUUUGAGCAGGUACAGAAUAUUUCUGAUGUUGCGGCAGCUGCAGAACCUCUGAUAAAGCUGUCUGAGGAUUUUGACCUGCCAUAUCAAAUUCUUCGCCUGCCCUGCAACAAAGCAACGACUGGCCUCAGUCUCGAACGAGAGAUUGACCCACUUGUGUACUUUGAUUCUCCUACUCUACUGCCUCAACAAAAUUACUUGUCCUCCAUUGGUGGUGCAUAUUCCUAUAGCUACUACCCUCAGGUGGCCCAAGAGCGCCAGAGCGUUCUGAGUCCAUCCAUAGAUGAGCUAUCCUCCAGAGAUGAAAUGUUUUCCACUGAUGUCGAAGAUCUUGAUCUCAUUCCCGGACAUGUUUACGUGGGUGGUGGCAGACUGGCUGAAACCAGCGACGUACCCGUUCGCUCUCGAAAAGAGCUCCCGAGUGCUGAAAAAUCUUGCUUUGUCUGCCAGAAAAUGUGUGCUUGCUGUGGCUCAAGCCUGCAGGAUGAGGGAGGGAUGUACAAAAUGGCUGAACUCUGCAGCCAUCCUGAGCGGGACCUUUCUAAUGAGGUGUCUGAUCAAGAUUGCGACUAUGACAUUGAAGGAGAGGUUCGGAGUAACUGCGAGUCUCCGAGGAUGUCCAAAAGGAAGUGCUGCAGCAGGCACACACUGCCCUCGUGUGGACAUCACUGCAUCAAGCACAGGCACAGAAAGCUGCUAUGUGAGGGCCAGGAGAGCUUUGAGCUACGUGAGCAAGCUCGGGUGCAUCCUAAAGGGGAGUGCUGUGAGGAGUAUGGUGCUCUGACUAAAGCAGAUAAGAGAACUCAAAAGGGUUCCUUUUGCAGGCCUUGUAUUGAACGACUAUGGCGAGAGGGAGUUGUGUCUGACCAAGAGAACUGGGGAAGCUGUGGUGCCAAGCCAAGGUCCUGGAGGCAAGUUAGUGGCCCUCAAGAUCAAGGGAGAACACCACUGAGAAAGCCACCUUGUAAAACUCAUCUCCAGCAGAGACCUAGAAGCGAAUAUGAUGACUGUGAGACGGACUUUACCUACUGCCAGAGGGGCAGAGGUGCUAUGAAGAAAAGAGGCACAAGAUACUGAACCAUUAUGCACUGCUGUAAUGCUUAAAUGUAUUACCUAAUACUUUUGUAUGCACUUCACUAUGAAAUGUACACAUGGACACUGUUCUUUACUGUAUGUAACUAAAAACAUGUGACUUUGAUCGAACUUGCUGCAUUUCCAGUGUGCAUGUUAAUUUUCUCUUUUGAUUGCUAUGCAUUCAUCUUAAUCUAUAUGAGCUGCUCUCAUUGGACCAUGCUUUAACCAAUGGUCACUUGGCGUCUUUCUAAUGUGGUUUUGAUCUAGGAGGUCUAGAUGUUGCAUGACAUUGCAGGAGGAGCACUGAAUGUUGACAUGGUCAUGGAUUGGUCCACUGAGACCAGCUUAAAAAUUGGGCACUGGAGAUGCAGCUGGUUGGGGGGUGAUGCAAUUAAAAAAAAAUAAGGGGGAGGCUAAAAAAAAUAAAGUGGACAAUUUGGCCACUCUUAGUCCAGAUGUGUCUUGUUUUUAUUACCAUGCUAUUUUUAAACAUUUCUAGUGUAAUGUUGCUACAUGUAUAUGUACAGUGUUAUUGUGUCAUUAAAGUAUCUGCAUUGCACUUGA